CCUUCGGCCCGGCCCAUAUAUCGCCUCAAAUUCCCCCAGCCGAUCGAUCGCCGACUCGACUCCUCCUCCUCCUCCUCCUCGUCGGCGGUGCUGCGGCGCUGAUCUCCACGAUGGCGGAGCGGUCUUCUUCUUCGUCGGAGUCGACUGGUAAUGAUGAGAAAAAAAGUUCAAAACCACAAGGAUCAUCCAAUGAUCAUCAAGGGUUUCUGCCAGGAGGCUCUCCUGCAAAUACUUUUGAUUUUGCUUCUUUGCACAGCUUGCUCAAUGAUCCAUCUGUAAAGGAGAUAGCAGAUCAGAUUGCAAAGGACCCUGCGUUCACCCAGAUGGCGGAGCAGGCACUGGAAGGCGAAGGAGAACAGGGCAUGCCUGCAAUAGACCCUUACAUUGAAACAAUGCAAAAGUUCAUGGAAAGCCCCCAUUUUUUUACAAUGGCAGAGCGUCUUGGGGAUGCUCUUGUGAAGGAUCCUGCAAUGUCCAGUCUGCUGGAAAACUUGACUAGUCCAAUGCAUAAUGCAAAGAUAGAAGAGCGUGUUUCUCGUAUGAAGGAAGAUCCAGCCGUGAAAUCAAUUAUGGAUGAGUUAGAGACUGGUGAUCCUGCUGCACUGAUAAAGUACUGGAAUGACCCAGAAACAUUUCGAAAGAUCAGCCAGGCAAUGGGGCCUUUAGGCGGCCCUGAUUUUGCUGAACCUUCUGGAACUGAAGGAACUGAGGAAGAAGGUGAAUAUGAAGAUGAAUCCAUUGUCCAUCACACUGCCAGUGUUGGUGAUGAUGAGGGUCUGAAGAAGGCUUUAGAUGGUGGAGCAGACAAAGACGAAGAAGAUUCAGAGGGCAGAAGGGCCUUACACUUUGCAUGUGGGUAUGGGGAGUUGAAGUGUGCCCAAGUACUUCUUGAGGCGGGUGCUGCAGUGGAUGCUUUGGACAAGAACAAGAACACUCCGCUGCAUUACGCCGCUGGCUAUGGUAUGAAGGGGUGCGUGGAUCUUCUGCUGAAGAACGGAGCCGCUGUCACCCUCGAAAACAUGGAUGGCAAGACGGCCAUUGACGUUGCGAAGCUCAACAACCAGGACGAGGUUCUCAGGUUGCUGGAAAAGGAUGCCUUCCUGUAGAUCGCCUUUGUUAUUCUCAUGGGCGCAUGAACAGUUUGGCUCCAGGAUCAUCAUUCUUUAAUUUCUUUGGUGCCGCCAUUCAUAUUUCUUUGCAACCCAGUGGCAGUUCAUAAGAUACGGUGAAGGGGCUGCCACACAACUGCUGUGGUUCACGAUGACUUGCGUACCCCAGCUUUGUUUCUCUUGUUUUCAUUAGUGCAAUCGAGAUUGUGUAUCCACAUUUUUUUUUUCAAUAUUGCGCAUAUAUUAAAGAUGAU